AUGACAAAGAAGGCGUUAGUGUUGUUUAUUUCAAACACUCCUUUUUCGGCAUCAUUUUUGUUCCUCUUGAUGACACUGGUGUUUUUCGCAAACUUGGACAAAGCAAAUACUUUAGACGCUCACCUGCGCAAAGCAAGGAUUUUCAAAACUCUCGAAGGUAAGGAAUGAAUUAACGUUAUUUGAUAGAAGGAGAGAUGAUUGAUUAGCGCAAACCCAACGUUUGAGAAACGUUUGAGAAAUAUGUCUUGGCAUAUGUACACAGUAUUUUUCAAGGAGUUAUAAUAACUCCUGUAGUGGGGCUAAUUUAACUCCUUACAGUGCAGUUAUUUUUUUGGGAGUUAUUUUAACUCCAAAAAGGAGUUUAAAGAACUCUUUUUCAGGAGUAAAAGUGACUCCAGUUAUUGAGGAGUUAAAAAAAAACCAAAAAGGAGUUAUCCUGUACCUAAACUUUUUACUCCACUUUCAGCGUUAAAUUAACUCCAAAAGGAGUAAAAACAACCCAUGUAAGGAGUAAAAAUUACCCCAUUUCGGAGUCAUUUUAACUCCAGACUGAGAGUAAUAAGAACUCUUUUUCAGGAGUAAAAAUGACCCCAAAUUCGGAGUUAAAUUAUGAGUUAAAGUAACCCCCAAAAAGGUGUUAUCCUGCACCUAAAAUUUUUAAUCCAUUUUUGGGGUUAUAAUAACUCCCUAAAAAUUACGGUGUAGACAUUUUUACUUCUAUCUAUAUAAGUCCGUUGACCUUCGCGGUGUUAUUACUUCAGUCUAUGUCUUGGCACUAUUUCUACGCUAUUAAUUAUAUCCCCAUUUUUGCAUAGUGUAUUGUAAUUUCUUUCCCUGCCUUCGACAUAAUGCAUACUGAUUACUUCUAUUCUUGCCUUGCCGAAAUAACUAUUCUAUUAGAACUAUUUUUCUAUCAUUGAUUCCAACAAGUGCCUCGGUGACAGCAAGCAAGGGGAAUUCAAUGGGCAAUAAUUUCUUAUUCUAUCACAGUCAGUGAUCAUGUGACAGCCAAGGAAAUAAGAUGUGUUCUGUUUGGAACUUUCAGGCUUUAAACUCGUUGGACAGGUAUUGGAAACCUUGGCUGUUGACGAAUAUAUCUGCGGACAACGAUGCCUCAGAAAUGAAAAAUGCCUGUCUUACAACAGCCAUUCUGAUGAUGACCAUGACAACAACAAAUGUGAGCUUAGUGAUCAAAACAGACCGGAUAAGCUUAUUCGCAGCCCUGGGUUCACCUAUCAUAUCAAAGAUAAACAUAAAUUAAAAGUUCUACAAUGGAUUCUACUAAGGCAAAUAAUUAGCCACAAGUCCUAUUUUGAGAAAGGUUGUCAAAAGGUAUUGAGGGUGGUUUUGAAUUCACUGUUCUUCAGGGAAAUUUGAAAGAAUGGCACGAAAGAUCAUGGACGUAUGUUUGUCAGCGGAGCUCAGCGCUAAUUAGGAAAACAACAAAAAUAGAUUCGACAGCUACAAAGUCACUCGUAUUGAUAAUAUUCCACAUUACCUUUCGGGAUUGUCGUGCAUGUCGUGUGCACAUUUUUUCCGACAACCUUUCUCGAAAUCGCUCUAUAUGUUUGGAUAAGUAAACAAAUCAAUGAAAUAUAGACUACACCGCCCGGGCAUGAAUCCUCACAGUGUGCGUUCUUUACCCCGGCCCCUUUCAAAUUGAUGAGGAAGAAUGAAAGAGGCAACAUCAACGUCUCUAAUCGCAGCUGGUGCCCGACCCAAAUGAUACAAAUUUGACGGUUGAUUCAGAGAUCAAACUUUUAAGAUGUGGGACUCAAUUCAUUUUCACGAUGUACAAUGGUUUACAAUUAUCUCACCAGUGAAAAUAAAUUAUAGCAAUUUGUGUAUUAGGUUCGGUACAUUAUAAGUUCGACGUAAACGAAGUCGCUCCACGGUCAAAAUUACCAAGUGAGCCACUCGAUCUCAAUUCAUGGAUUGACCCAAAUAAGAAAUGUCGGACUCAACUGCAUGAUUCAAACGUCGAUCUCCUCGCCAUGUACUUACUGAAGGCAUUAGAUUGGGUCAUAUGAAAAGUUCGUCAGAUCGUACUAAUUGCAAUUUUUCACGUACAAGAAAGCAGCAGAUAUGGUGCAUUAUUCUGCAUUUUUUCAACCUACAGUUGGAAAAGGCUGGUAUUCCUCGUGUCCUGGUGAUUCCUGCAAAGACAUCUAUGACUCUGGCUACGCAAGAGGUGACGGAGAAUACUGGAUUGACCCUGAGAAAAAUGGAAAUCCUUUAAAAGUCUUUUGUGACAUGACCAGAGCAGGUGGUGAGUAUUGGUGUUCUAUGGUUAUCACAGAAAGGACUUACACCCUCAGAUCAGGCUAUAAGAUGGAUGACCUGGGGCCCGGUCAUCCAGAUCCUGAGAUAAGGUGGGGGCCCGGUCUCAAAAAAAAAAAAUUUUUUUUUGGCCCAUCGGGCCUUAGUUUCGUCUAAAAGUAAAAGGGGGCGGGGGGAAGCCGGGUACCCAGGGCCCCUCCCCUAGAUCCGACACUGCGUUGUUAUUAAGUCGAGGAAAUUUCAUCACCACAAGUCUGUUCAGUGUGACACGACUAAAGUAUUUUCAGCCGGAGAAAGGAAUUGCCCUUACUCGUUAUGAUACCCCGAAACCUCCAGAUAACAUAGAGCUGUAUUAAAUUCAUCAUAAAACCAGAAUAGAAUAUUCACUCAACAUAAAUUUCUAAUGACAUGGCUUGCUAGGGAUUCCGUACAACUUGGUGUUGAUGGUAAAAAUUGAAAAAUUGCCUAACUUAACGUUAAGUUUCAUCUGUUUUAAGUGUUAUUAUAAAUAUUUUAGUCUGAAAUGUCGUACGUCUCCAUCCCCCUCACCCCCCACGGGUUAGCGGGUGGAGACCCCCCUAUGGCAUUUCCGGCUAUUAAUAUUUUUUCAAACCAAAGAAAUACGAAAGGUGACAGGCGUUUGGCAGUAACGAAGAGGAAAGAGGGAGACCGUAUUUCCUCUGUCCCUCGAUUAAUCGCCCCCCCCCCUCACCCCUCCACCCCUCUCGCCAUCUUCUCUUUCUUCUAUCCCCUGCCUGUCAAGUUGAAGUGGAAUCUGAUCAAGUCAUCAAAAAAUGUUCAGUUCAUUUGGUGUGAUAAUUUUUUUAUUUAAUGGAGUAAUUAAAAUAUUUAAGGCACGACUUCCAGUGAGCAGUAUGUGGAAUAAUCGCCCCCUUUUGAUGCGAAAAAAGAAAUAAUCGCCUCCGACUGUUAUUCGAGGAAAUACGGUAUUCUCGGGAAACACUGUGAGGAGCAUUGUUUAACAGUUCAAAGAGAACGGCUGCCUAUACUAGGAGACUGCAAUCCCAGUCAUAAUUUGUUAAAACACUUCCGGAAAACAUAAUAUCUACUUAGUCGUUUCAGGAAUACACGUACUACUACCCUCCCCUUCCCGCAAUAUUGGUUUCACGCGUUUUCUUGGGAAUAAACGUCUUCAAAAUCAACAUUGAAGGGGAAGGAAAGGAAAAAUUAGCAAGCGUUUCAACAAUAAUGACCGGGAAUGUAGCUUUUUCCUCUCUUCUCCCUACCAUGUCCUUUCCUGUCCAGAUAUUCUCUCCUGCCUCUUGAUCCAGUCCCCAUACUUAUUUACUGUUUAAUAAAAAUUUCAGGAGGUUGGCUUCUUGUUCUCAACAUCGUGAUUAAGGACCAGGAUGACCUCCCUCAGUUGUUACUCGAGACGUCAUACCGCAAAGUGGACAGCUACAAAAGCAACAAUUUAGUUCUAAAGAACAGCGCCCUGAAUGACCUGAAAACCCUCAUGCCCUUCACUCAAAUGCGGUUCCACUGCAGAAAGCCAGGUGGAUCAACAUUUCAUAUAGUCACGACCGGAAACAGCACUGGUGAAGCUGUUGUUCAGUACUUUACAGGGCAAACAAACACCAUGCCAGACUCCUGUGGAUCGUACAUUAAACUUUGGGAUGACAAUUCAAAGCUUGCAAACCUAUGUGCCGACUGGGGGAGGGAGAACCACACUUACCACGUGGGUAAAUGGGGGCAUGAAGGCAUGAGUGAAUUAUAUGAUCACCCUGCAUUUACUAAAAGUGCGUAUCAUUGGCUCACUUUUAGCAGAUGGGAAUGUGAUGACCAUGAACUGAGUGAAUCAUAUCUGCCACCUACUGAAACCUUCUGGAAGGUUUUUGUGCGUUAA